AUGUUCCAUCGUCGUCGCCCAGCUACAACUACCACUCGUUCCUCCAAGCCUAGUCUCCUGACUCGUCUCCGCGGCCCUAAUGCGAAAAGCAAGACUGUGAAGACAAAGACUACAACAACUCGCCAUGGUCCUUCCACGCAUCACGGUCCUUCCGCGCAUCACGGUCCUUCCGCGCAUAACACAACCAGUCGUCGCUGGGGUGCUUCCAGGCCUCAGCAUCAUCAUCGCCGGAAGGUGACAUUCGGCGACAAAGUUUCCGGUGCGAUGUUGAAAUUGAAGGGUAGCUUGACCCAUCGCCCUGGCGUGAAGGCUGCUGGCACUCGACGUAUGCAUGGUACUGAUGGUCGCGGAAGUCAUCACCAUCAUGUCUAUUAA